GACUCGGACCCUAAGGUAUUUUGCCUACGAAUACGUCUUACUUUACCUCCGCUACUUACCACCAAGACUCAACCUCCAUUUGCUGCAGCCGUCCACAAUCACAAUCACAAUCACAACAAAUACACACAGACAUUCACAUACACAUACUCUCACAUACCUUAACGACGCACCGAAUCCUGCACGGCAAAAGCCCAAGUCAAGGUCAAGCCCAACAGCAGCAGCAUGCAGUCGAUCGCCCCGGCACCUGGGCCCCAGCAGGUACGUCCGUCUCUCGUCAGUGAAAGCGAGCGAGCGAGCUCUUUACACCUCGCAGCCUCCUCUCUCAAGUCUCGACACCCUCACUUCACCUCCACUCACCUGCAUACCCAACCCCUACUCCAAGCCCGAAGUUCUUGUUUUGUUCCCUAAUAGCCGAGAUCCAUUGCACUGGAGCUAUCUCCUCGUAAUCCGGAGAGGCUUCGCGCUCUGCUUGUUCCUCUUUAUUCCCCAGCCAGCGCCGCCCCGUCCACUUCCCAUCCCACACCUCUCGACCCUCAGCAAGCUGACUCACUUUCGCAGGACAUGAACGCUGAUAAUGACCUACGCGCUCAGCUCUCAGCUGUUAUAAACCAUGCGCCAGGCCCUCAUGGCUAUAACGAUGUCUCCCACCACUCCUCCAGCGCAAGCCCUCACGAUCACAACAUCGAUCCAGCUAUUGGCGGUCCGGGAGGAAUCAUGAGCACCGGCGGAGACAGCGGCGGGGACGACAGCUUGGGCGAUGGACGAAAGGGCGGAAAGCGAGAGCUCUCACAGUCGAAGCGCGCAGCGCAGAACAGAGCAGCCCAGCGUGCCUUUCGACAGCGCAAGGAAGGAUAUAUCAAGAAGCUCGAGGAGCAGGUUCGCGAUUUGCAUAACUUGGAGGAUAAUUACAAGGCCAUCCAGACCGAGAACUAUUCGUUGCGCGAGUACAUUAUCCACUUGCAGUCGCGGCUCAUCGAGUCACAAGGCGAAUACCCACAACCACCGCCAAAUGUCAUUCUGAACCACCCGCCACGCCAUGAUCAACACCCAGAACACAUCCAGCAGCAGCAUCACGAUGCACCCGUUGCACCUAUGGCACCCAUGAACCAGCUCCAGGCAUCUGCAGCUCGAAAUAUAGCUGCCGCUAGUCUACAAUCGGGAAAGCACAGUCAGGAAAGCAGAGAAUAUGAAGAAAGCAAAAGAUAUAAGCAGAGCACUGAAGACAGCGUAGAGCAGGAAAUUCGUACUCGACUAGGUGAUCAAUCUGCCAUGUCCUUGUAACAGUCUCCUUGGGUAGGCAUCAUGGGGUUGAGGGCUGGCUGGCGUUAAUGGACAUGGAUGACUCGCAAGGGUGUGCACUCUGGCAUGUGGAAAUUAUGAAUAUACGGCGUUUGGGACU